GCAGAUCGGAUUCAAAGUAGUUCAACCAGAGUCUUCAAUUGAUGCAGUUGGAAAAAUGUCAGUGCUCCGGUUCGUUUUUCUGCUAGUCCUGGCCAACAGCAAUCGAGUUUUAGCUUUGAAGGCCGAAGGCGAUUUGCAUGAGGAUCUUUCAGGACCAGAUUCCAUCGACGGACGAUCUUUCUUCUUUUUGGGCAAUUUAUUUCGUCGCUGGCGCAAUCGCUGGAUGGCCUUUCAUAGCCCGGAUCCGCUGUUUGCAGGUCCCGUCUAUCCCAUAACUGGUUAUUACAACUGCCCCGUAUACGGCUGCAAUCCGUCGACCAUUGGACCUCAACCCGGUUACUAUAACACUCCCGGAGGAUUCUACACCAUGCCACUGAAUCAGCAACAGACCCAGGGAAACAGCAAUGUCUAUAUUUACCAGAGCGAUCAGAAUUCCGCUUCAGCUGCAAGUCCUCUGGGAUAUGGAUAUGGUUAUGGUGUAUCACCACUUAGACCACCAAAGCCCUUGCCUCUGCCGCCUCCUGGAGCCUUGCCUCCCUCCACAGUGGGCACGGCAUCGGCCAGUGCCGGCGGCUACUCCGGACCAGAAUUAGGACCUGGACAACGGCCAGGACUAUUUCCAAUACCGUUACCCCAACUGGGAUGAACGGGAAAAACGGGAAGUCGUAGGAAACGCUUGCCCAAGUAAACAGUGCAGACAAAGUAAAAGAAAACAAUACAAUUUUAAUUGAAAUAUGAGCGAAAAAAAUUAAGUAAAAAGAGAUACGAAAACAGAGACUUCUCCAACCAAACCUUCCUCGUAUUAUAUUGUUAAUAUUAUACAAUGUUCUGACCAAUUUUAAAA